AUGAAAAUGUCUAGCACAGCUGCAGUGGCACUAGCAAUUGGGCUCGUACUCGUGGCACUCUCAGGCCACUGUUCCGGGGCACUGGAGGUAGGAUUUUACAAGGGGAAAUGUGGCCGGUCUAUAGAUGUUGAAGAAAUUGUAGCGCGUGUAGUAAAGGAAGAGUUUUUCAAAAAUCAGACAAUUGUUGCUGCCCUCAUUCGCAUGCAUUUUCACGAUUGCUUUGUCAAUGGAUGUGAUGCAUCCAUUCUACUAGAUGGAAGCUCCACUGAGAAAACAGCUCCUCCGAACCUAAGUGUACGGGGUUAUGAUGUCAUUGAUGCUGCCAAGACCGCCGUGGAAAGCAAAUGCCGAGGAGUUGUCUCUUGCGCUGAUAUCAUUGCAAUUGCUACCAGAGAAGCUGUAUUUUGGGGUGGAGGAGGGCGAUACGAAGUACAAACAGGGAGAAGGGAUGGCUUCGUGUCUCAAGCAUCAGAUGUUGACCUCCCAAAUCCCUCAAUGUCAGUGUCUGAUUCCGUUGCAGCAUUUGCUAGAAAAGGACUCAAUGCAAGUGACAUGGUUUAUCUUCUGGGUGGUCACACUGUUGGGGUGGCACAUUGUAACCUCUUCCAAGAUCGUCUUUACAAUUUCAAAAGCACCGGAAAACCUGACCCCGACAUGGAAUCUUCAUUAUUGGAAAGGCUGAGACUUAUAUGCCCUGAAAACUCAGAAGGCACCAAUGUUACUAAUCUGGACCAGAACCCUCAAAGUUCAUUUAUUGUUGAUAACUCAUUCUACAAGGAGAUAGUAGCCCACAGAGGAAUUCUUCAAAUCGACCAAGAACUAGCUGGGGACCCCAUAACUCAGGCUAUGGUGAAAACCUUAGCCAGCGAUACAAACAGCUUCUCCACGACAUUUGGGCAGGCCAUGGUUAAGUUGGGAGCAGUUGGAGUCCUUACUACUGAAAAACAAGGAGAGAUUAGGAGAUCAUGCCGGGCAAUUAAUAACCUUGGCGGUUUUUUGAAUUUUAAUUGAUGAGACAGAUUAACUGCUGGGUUGUUUUGUACAAUUUAAUUUAAAUCCCUUUUGCCUUCAUGUUUGUUAUGGACAA